AUGGGGUCCAAGGAGAAGGGGAAGCGCGGGGAUGGAGGGGCGUCGCCGAGGGCGAGGAAGGGGGAGUUCCCCAUCCGCGCCGAGGAUUACGAGCUGAUGGAGCCAAUCGGCGACGGCGCCACGGCCGUCGUGCGCCGCGCCCGCUGCCUCCCGCUCGGCGGCGAGGUCGUCGCCGUCAAGAUUAUGAACCUCUCCCUGCGCUCCGAAGCCGACGUCAAUAACGCCUCUGAAGAGGUCAAGACCAUGAUCCUGACGGAUCACCCCAACCUCCUCAGCGCCUACUGCUCCUUCACCCAGGACGAGAACCUGUGGAUCGUCAUGCCCUACAUGGCCGGGGGCUCCUGCUUCCACCUCAUGAAAUCCUCCUUCCCCAAAGGCUUCGAGGAGGAGAGGUUCAUAGCCUUCGUGCUCCGUGAGACGCUCAGGGGCCUCGAGUACCUGCACGGCAAAGGCCACAUACACCGAGACGUCAAGGCUGGAAACAUAUUGCUUGAUCAGCACAAAGGAGUGAAGCUUGCGGAUUUCGGAAUUAGCGCCAGCGUUUAUGACUCGAUGAUCAACAGGAACGGCAAAAGGCACACGCUUGUCGGCACGCCCUGCUGGAUGGCACCUGAAGUGAUGGAGCAAAAGGAAUACGACUUUAAGGCAGACAUUUGGUCUUUCGGAAUAACUGCACUAGAACUAGCUAAUGGCCACGCCCCUUUCUCUAGCCAACCUCCAGCAAAGGUCUUUCUUAUGACGUUACAACAUGCUCCUCCAUCUCUUCAUAACACAAAGGACAAGAAGUUUUCAAAUUCAUUUAAGCGAAUGAUUGGUGCAUGUUUGAUAAAAGAUCCAUCCAAGAGGCCAACUGCGCAAAUGUUACUGCAACUUCCGUUCUUCAAAAAAGUGAAGUCCGAGGAUAAUCAUGUAAAAUGCAUGCUAAAUAAAGUGCCAUCUUUGGUUGCUAGGGUGCAAACUAUAAAUGAGAAUGAAGCAAAGUUGCAAGCAGAGAAGAAACCACACGAUAAAAUCAAAGAGAAGACAUCACAUGACGAAUAUUGGAGAGGUAUUAGUCAGUGGCACUUUGAUAUCGAGGACUUGAAAGCACAGGCUAAAUUGUACUCGGAAGAGAAUGAUAGUGACGAAGAGGAGUACCUGCGUUUCCUAUUUGAACUUGAUACCGUGGAUGAAAUUGUUCCACUUCAAGAUGUGCGUCCACAAAAUCAUGCUAGUGAUGAUAAGAAGAUUGUAGGUACUGAAAUAGUAGAAACGCCAAGCUCAACAACUCCAAUACUGAUACCUCAAAGUGGGAAACAACUUGAGAAUGGACCCCCUAAUGGCCUUGCACGCCAUGAGUCAUUUGAACGACAUUCAAAAGUACCUACCAAGCAACUUUCAAGAGCAGUUUCCAAUGUUACGUGUAUGGAUGAAUAUGUAGAAAAAACAGCCAUUCAAAAGGGUCGCUUUAAAGUAACAACGGAAGAAACGGAAGCAUCUACACACAGGGAGAAGGAACUACUCGAACGUAUUGCAUGUUUAGAGAGGAUGCUCCAGGUUACCCAAGAUGAGGUUGUGAGGCUUAAAGAAAAGGGAGAGGCAAAAGGAGCAGUGCCAUGCGUCCAACAAAAUAGCAAAGUACAAGGGUUGUAG